UUUUGUGCAUGUUUCUUUCUUUCGAGCUCUGGCUCAUAUCUUCGCCAGUCUGUUGUGAAAAUUAGCAUGUGAAAUAAAAUUCGCGUUUCUUUCAAAAAAAUCAGCGAUAAUUCUACAAAAAUGGGUGAUACGGACGAGAAAAAGCCUCUGAAUUUCCAUCAAAUGGAGUUAGACGACAGGAUACUGAAGGGAAUCGCCAAGUUGGGUUGGCUUUGUCCAACGCUGAUUCAGGAGAAGGCCAUCCCUCUGCUUCUGGAAGGGAAGGAUGUGCUGGUGCGUGCCCGCACCGGAUCAGGCAAAACAGCUGCUUUCUCCAUUCCGGUCAUACAGAAGAUUCUCAACUACAAACAGGACGCAAAGGAACAGCAAACGACGGUAGUAAUCUUGGCUCCCAGCAAGGAUCUGUGCCACCAGAUUGCGAAAGUCAUUGAAGACCUCACGAUCAAAUGUGGCCGAUUGGUGCGGUGUGUGGACCUGUCUACAAAAGUGGACAAAGUGGCUCUGAAACAUAUUCUGGCGGAACGACCAGAUAUUGUGGUGUCCACUCCUGCUAAGCUUGUCUCACAGCUUCAAGAGGGCAACAUUUCCGUAAAAGACAGUCUCCAGACGCUGGUGGUGGACGAAGCUGACUUGAUGUUCACCUUCGGUUUCGAGAAUGAUUUGAAAACAGUUCUGGAUUACUUCCCCAGCGUGCACCAAUCGAUUCUGGCCUCGGCCACGCUGGAGAAGGACGUCAUGGAACUGAAGAAGAUCAUUCUACACAAUCCGGUGAUUUUGAAGCUGGAGGAACCGGAGAUGGCACCGGCAUCGCAGCUAGCCCACUACCACAUUCUGGCCGAGGAGGUCGACAAAGCGGCCGUUUUGUACACGUUGUUCAAGCUGCAGCUGGUCAAAGGGAAGAGCAUCAUUUUCGUCAAUUCCAUCGAUCGGUGCUAUAGGUUGAAACUAUUCCUGGAACAGUUCAGCAUAAGGUCUUGCAUCUUGAAUUCGGAGUUACCAGCAAAGAUACGAUGCCAUACCGUGAACCAAUUCAAUCAGGGCCUUUACGACAUAAUCAUUGCAUCGGAUGAACUGCACGUGCUGGACCCAUCCGUUAACGAGAAGAAAGGUCAGAAAAAGAAAAUGAUCAAACAGAUCGCCAAACAAGUUGAAUCGGAAGCAGGGGUUUCCCGCGGAAUCGAUUUCCAGUUUGUGUCCAACGUGAUCAACUUUGACUUCCCGAAGGACGUGAAUGCGUACAUUCAUCGCGCGGGAAGAACUGCCCGAGGAAACAAUACCGGAAGCGUCCUCUCGUUGGUUUCUAUCGAAGAGAAAGAAGCCAUGGAUGCUGUGGAGGAUCAUCUGCGGCCGGGUUACGAAGAGGGCGAUCAAGUGCUAAAGAGCUAUCACUUCAAGAUGGAAGAAGUGGAACCCUUCCGGUACAGAGCUCGAGAUGCUUGGAGAGCGGUAACGAAGUUUUCCAUUCGUGAAGCCAGAAUAAAGGAAAUCAAAACGGAAAUGUUCAAUUCGGAAAAGCUUAAGAGCUUCUUUGAGGAAAACCCUCGUGAUUUGCAAGCCCUUCGGCAUGACCGUACAUUGCACACGGUUAAGGUUCAGGAACAUCUCGGUGACGUUCCGGAGUACAUCGUUCCGGAUUCGUUGAAGCACGUCACGGGAAUUACAACCAAGCGGAAGAAGAGUUUUGUACCGAAAAAACGAAAGACGGAGAAGGCCGACAAUCCACUUAUGAUGGAGGGAAUCGAUUACGGAAAGCAAAGACGUGUCUAAUAAAAUGUUAUAGUAUAGAAUA